CAAACAUGGAAGUCGAUGAAGAAGAGUUCGAGAUGCCCUCAUCCAGCAGUAAGGGUGAAAAGAAACGUUUCGAAGUGAAAAAGUGGAAUGCUGUAGCCUUGUGGGCUUGGGAUAUUGUUGUUGACAAUUGCGCCAUUUGCCGAAAUCACAUCAUGGAUUUAUGCAUCGAGUGCCAGGCGAAUCAAGCCUCAGCCACCAGUGAAGAAUGUACCGUGGCCUGGGGUGUUUGUAAUCAUGCCUUCCACUUCCAUUGUAUUUCACGUUGGCUAAAGACCCGCCAAGUUUGUCCAUUGGAUAACAGAGAAUGGGAUUUCCAAAAGUAUGGACACUAGUGUUA